CAUUCCACAACGUGGUGUAUUUUAACAUAAACUUGCUUAUGACGUAGAAACAAACAGUUAGAUUUACGUACCAUUAUUGCUGACAACAUGAGGUUAAUUGGAUUGUUCUUACUCCAAAUAUGUACAGGUUCGGACAUAGUGACAGUGUCUGGAGAAUCGUCCGUGUGUCCCAAUGGUAGGGAGAAAAACGGCCCAUGCAAACCGCCAUGGGUUGCAAUGCUUAGAUGUAGCCCUGGAUUCACGUGCGUGAACGGGAUUUGUUGCAAAUCCACCAAUUUAUCUGAGACUCCAGUGACACCAUUUCCGGUCCCAGAUUGUUUAGAAGGGGAAGUGCGAACAGGAAGCUGUUCAAAAGCCGAUCAACGUUGUCCAGCCAAAAGUUCUUGUAGCUCCACGGGAAGUUGCUGCAAGCCAACAAAAACACGGUGUCCUACUGGAAUUGCGGAUGACGGACCUUGUCUACCCCCAAUGACCGCGGCGCCUCAGUGUAAGACGGGAUUUAUGUGCGUGAAUGGGCGGUGUUGUAAAACUUUAAUGGUCCCUGAAUCACCGAAGUCAUCAGGUCCCGUUCCGGAUUGUGAUAAAGGCGAAGUGCGAACGGGAGGAUGUUCCAAAGCUAACCAGCAAUGUCCAUCUGGAAGCUCUUGCAAGAAUACCGGAAGUUGUUGCAAACCCAUAGAAAAAUCUCUGCCGACUUGCCCGAGUGCCAUGCCUGCGUUGGACCCGUCUAGGUGCCCUCCGCAUGUCAACGUCUGUCAAAAGGACCGCGACUGCGGGCAACAAGGGAGAUGUUGUACAGGGCCUUGUGGCGAACGGUCCUGUAUUUCCGGAUGACAUUGUCUACUAUCAUAUGUCUGAUAACACGUUUGGAGAGUAAGAAUGUUUACUUCAAAAAGAAGGUUUUAUUCUGUUUAAUGAUUAUUUUAUUACCGAUCACAUGUGUUAACAGUCAACACGGUUUAUAUGUGCUGAAGAUGACCGAAUAAGACAUUGGUCAGAAUUGAGAUUUAUAAAUACUUGUUAAUUACAUGGAAAGAAUUGUAAAGGGUAGUAAAUGAUCAUUGACCAAUUGAGGAAGAGUGUGAAAUUGUUGCCACGAAUGAUGUUAUCGACUUGCUGAUUUCUUUACUUGAUUUAUAGUUUUCACGCUUUUUUCUACAGUUUCUGUAAAAGUUGUAAAUCAAUACACAUUAUUUUCAGUUUGAUACUAUUGGUAAAAAAUGUCAUAAUAUGCCAUACAAAGGACAUUUAGACCUGUAGGUAUUUAUAUAAGUCAAUCGUGGACUUCAGAAAAUAAAAGUAAUAACAUC